AGCAGCAAUGUUCGCCAGUAGAAAGCUGGUAGAAACGGCGUUGGGCGAAGUUAAGAAGAAAUUCGUACGGGUUGUGGCGGCAAAAUUGCCUGCUGAUGGAAUGGAAUACGAUUUGGUUCAGUAUAGAUGUAGAAAUCUAUUCGACAACACUGUAAUCGGCGGAAAAUACUCACGAGCAUCCCUAUGCGUUGACACAAUACGGGCUUUACAGCCUCAUUUAAGAGAUGAAACUCAGGAGCUUCAAGCUGUGUGUGAAGCUGCUGCAACACUUGAAAUUAUUCAAAGUUUCUACCUGAUCGCCGACGAUAUAAUGGAUAAUUCGGAGACACGACGUGGUAAACCAUGCUGGUUUCGACGGGAAGGUGUUGGAAUGUCUGCGAUCAAUGAUGCUUUUAUUAUGGAUUCUUUUGUUGAGGAUAUUCUACGUCUCGCAUUGCCUGGACACGUGAAUCUUGAUCGGCUUUGCGAGGCUUAUCGCAAGUCCAAACAGAAGACGUUGAUUGGACAGUUCCUGGACACAUCAUCAGUGAAUCAAAUCUCGUCUUUCACAUGGGAUCGUUAUGAAUUAAUGGUUGAAAAUAAAACAUCACAUUAUACAGUAUUUCAUCCAAUUCAAAUGGCUCUUAUCAUAUCAGACGUCUUAGCUUAUCAUGGAUCUGUGAAAAAAGUUGCUUAUCAAAUUGGAUUCCUAUUUCAAUCACAAGAUGAUUUUUUGGAUGUUUAUGGAGAUCCUAAAAUUACCGGAAAAAUUGGAACUGAUAUUCAAGAUGGAAAAUGUACUUGGCUUGCCGUACGAGCUCUUCAGAAAAUGCACAAAACGCCGGAAAAAUGGGGGGCCAAGCUUAUUGAGGAAUUUAAGACGAGUUUUGGAUCGGUGGACCCCGAGAAAGUGGAGAAAAUUAAGCGGAUUUAUGAUGAGCUGCAGUUGAAACAAGAAUUCCGGCGAUUUGAGAAGCAUUUUUCGGGAGAGAUAAAAAAGAGCAUAUCCGAGAUUCCUGACGUCAUCAACCCACUGCGACCGGUUCUAGAUGGAUUUGUGACGAAGCUGGUGAACAGAAAUGCAUAGGAAAUUCUUCAAAAUUUUUCCGAAUUUAUUUUCAAUUUAAAUGUAUAUUUUUCGAUGAUUCUCUCUAUUUCAGACCACCACCCCGUUUUAUUGAUUUUUUGAGCUUUCACCCACAGAAACCCUUUGCAAAAAUUAAUUUAUUUUUUGACUCUAAUUUAAAUUUCUAAAUUAUAUAUUUAUAUAUGAAUGCUUGUUGUCCUUAAAUAUUUCCCCAUUCCAU